CGCCCACGCGAGCCGACGAGACGCUCGCGAUGCCUUUCAUCGCGUCUAUAUCCACGGGCCUACGCGGACUCGUCACCGGGCGCGGCGGGUCGAAGGAGACGGGGCGACCGGGCGGCGCGAAGGGUAGGCACCUAUCGGUCGAUGUCAAAUCCCAAGUCUCCUGGAGGUCGUUGGCCGCUGCCGAUGACGAUCAACGUCGCAUCGCGCUCGUCACCGGCGCCACGGACGGAAUCGGCUUCCACACCGCUUGCAUGCUCAGCGCCGCCGGGUACGGCGUCAUCGUCCACGGCAGGAGCGCCUCGCGUGUCCGCAACGCGGUGGACCGCGUCAACGAGUCGCGCUCCUUCCUCGACAAGUUCGGCAAGGGGGGCGUCGUGGGCGCGUACGUGCGAGACUUCGAUUCCCUAGACGACGUCCGCGCGCUCGCGAGGGACGUCCUCGACAACCACCCGAGGCUUCACCUCCUGGACAACAACGCCGGCGUCUUCGAACCGAGCCGGCACGUCACCGACGACGGGUUCGAGCGCACGUUCCAGGUGAACGUCUUAGCGCCUUACCUGCUCACCGGGAUGUUGUUACCACGUCUGGCCACCACGGCUUCGAGCGACGACGAAUCGAAACACGACGAGGACGUCCGAAUCCUCAACGUCGCGUCCAUCUCGCAGCUCCCGCACGUCAACUUCGACAACAUCAACGCCGAACAAAAGUUCACGUCCCACGAGGCGUACUGCCACAGCAAGACGAUGAUGAAGCUCUUCUCGUUUGAGCUCCACGAGCGCAUCAGCCGCGCGGUGGAGCUCAGCUCCUACGACGAGCUCGGCGAUCACGACUACUUCGCGAUGAAAACCGGGUGCACGGAGCUGGCGACUGCCGGGGCGAGGGGGCUGGGUUCGGUGCUGACGAUGACGUGCGACCCGGGGACGGUCAACACAAAGAUGCUCCUCGCGGGGUGGGGUCCGUGCGGCGUCGAGACUUUCGACGCGAAUGACCAAUUCGAGCUCCUCACCGACGCCAAAUACAGGGACGAGGUCAAGUCGCACGGCGCGUAUCACGUGAACCGGACGGUGAGGCAGAGGCCCGGCGAGGACACCAAGGAGGAGAGGGAGAGACUGUGGAGGGUGCUGGAGGAGAGCACGGGGUUCGAGUACCCCAUCUGAGAGGGGUCCCGGCGGCGGGGCGGAGGUUUCAAUUAUUCAGUUUUCGUG